AUGUCUGAGUUUGCUCCCGCGAACGCGACGCGUCCAGUCAACCCUGGAUGCCAUGUUGACUUUGGCCACUCGCGUACUCGCCCAUUAGCCUACUUCCUCUCGUCGCUCCUGGUAUUGUCCACUCUUCGCUACGUAUAUCCUACAUCACCUCUGAUUAGCAUGCCAAUGUACGAGAAGGAGCUGGCUACGGCCAAGCCCCAAUUCGAUGACAUGGACAAGGACGCCGAAGACCGCUUCUGCCGCUUCGUCGAAAGACUGGGUCCCCGGUCUGAUGGACUUGUACGCCUUUUCGACCGCGGAGAGUUUUUCUCUGCCCAUGGUCCAGAUGCUCUCCUCAUCGCGGAUCAGGUAUACAAGACGACCAACGUGCUAAAAUAUCUUGGUUCGCGUAAGGUGGGACCCAGCAACGCGCGUGGCCUUCCGUCCGUGACGAUCAGCAUGACGCUUGCGAAGGCAUUUCUUCGCGACUGCCUGACAACUAAGCAGAUGCGUGUCGAGAUCUACGAGCCCGAGGAAGGCGCGCGUGCCAAGAAUAAUGCGCGAUGGCAACUCGCCAAGGUGGCGUCGCCUGGCAAUAUCAGUCAGCUCGAUGACCUACUGUUCGCGAGCGAAGAUCUGUUGUCCAACGCCGUGAGCAUGGCCAUCCGUAUCCAGAUGCGCGACGGGCAGCGCACUGUUGGGGCUGCGUUCGUCGACGUUCAGGAUAAGACCAUUGGCGUGGCCGAGUACGCCGACGGGGAGAACUACGGCAACACGGAGAGCCUGCUGAUUCAACUUGGGAUCAAGGAAUGCCUCCUCCAGACCGACGACAAGCGAGUCGACCACGAGCUCUCCAAGCUGCGGAUGCUCGUCGAGCGGUGCGGCGUGAUUGUUACGGAGCGCAAAGCGUCCGAAUUCCAGGCGGGCAGCGUCCAGCAAGACCUCGGGCGGCUGUUGGAUGAGACCCACCCAGCCACUCUUCCUGAGUACGACCUGAAGACGGCGGUGUCGGCGCUAGCUGCUCUCAUCUCCUAUCUUGGUCUCAUGUCAGACUCGCCCAUGCACGGCCAGUUCAGGUUACACCACCACGACCUCUCGCAGUACAUGAAGCUGGACGCGAGCGCUCUCAAGGCUCUCAACCUCAUGCCUACCCCAGAACUUGGCGGAAAUAAGAACAUGAGCCUGUAUGGUCUGCUGAACCGCUGUAAGACAAGCCAGGGGCAGCGUUUGCUCGGGCGAUGGCUCAAGCAGCCGCUUGUCAAUCUGCAUUCAAUUCAGGAGCGACAGAACAUUGUUGAAAUGUUUGUCAACGACGACAUCAGUCGGCGGCAACUGCAAGAGGAAUACCUUCGAGCAAUGCCAGAUUUCCAUCGCAUUUGCAAGAAGUUCCACCGCGGUAUCGCCACCCUUGAGGAUAUCGUGCGAGUAUACCAAGCCGUCGGGAAGCUUCCGCGCAUUAUCGAGUGCCUGGAGAAGGUGCAGGAAGAGAACCCAGUUCAUGCCACUCUGUUGAACAAGGUGUAUGUCGAUGAGCUGAGCGAUCACUUGGAAAAGCUCGGCAAGUUCAACGACAUGGUGGAGAACACAAUCGAUCUCGACGACCUGGCCAGCCACAACUACACGCUUCUACCUUCCCUGGAUGGCGAGUUGGAGAGAAUCCGAGGCGAGCUGGUGGACGUCCGUGACCAACUGGAUGCCGAGCACCGCCGCGUUGGGGCCGACCUGGGCAUCGACAUUGACAAGAAGCUCCACCUCGAAAACCACCACGUGUAUAAAUAUUCAUUCCGCAUCACCAAAGCCGAGGCGAGCCUGCUGAGGGGCAAAAAACAGUUCAUUGAGCUGUCGACACAGAAGUCAGGGACCAUCUUCACCACCAACACGCUGCGCGAGGCGAGCGAUGACUUCGCGCGCUUGCAAGAUGAAUACGAGACCAAGCAGCGGCACCUGGUCAAAGAGGUCGUUGGCAUCGCCUCUUCGUACACCCCCGUACUUGAGCUUCUUGACAACCUCAUCGCAGCGAUCGACGUGGCUGUGAGCUUCGCGCAUGUGUCUGCAAACGCCCCAGUCCCGUACGUCAAGCCGGUCAUGAAGGAGCGUGGUUCGGGUGAUGUCGUUGUGCGCGCUGCGCGUCACCCGUGCCUCGAAGUGCAAGACGAUAUCCAGUUCAUCGCCAACGACCAUGAGAUGCGCAAGGGCUCGAGCGAGUUCCACAUUCUUACAGGUCCCAACAUGGGCGGCAAAUCGACGUACAUUCGCCAGAUUGGCGUGAUCGCACUCAUGGCGCAGCUCGGUUGCUUCGUGCCAGCCGACAGUGCGGAGCUUCCCGUCUUUGACUGCAUUCUGGCACGUGUCGGCGCCGGCGAUAGCCAGCUCAAGGGUGUGUCGACGUUUAUGGCAGAGAUGCUGGAGACGGCGACAAUCCUGCGUUCUGCGACCCGGGACUCGCUCAUCAUCAUCGACGAGCUGGGCCGCGGUACGUCUACAUACGACGGUUUCGGCCUGGCAUGGGCCAUCUCAGAGCACAUCGCAAGCCAAAUCCGCUGCUUCUGCCUUUUCGCGACACACUUCCACGAGCUCACUACGCUCGCGGACCACAUGGCGUGGGUCAAGAACCUUCAGGUUCGUGCCGAGGUGCAGCAGGCUGCGGCGGGGUCGAAGCAGGAUCGCCAGAUCACGCUUCUCUACCAGGUUGUGGAUGGCCACAGCGAUCAGAGCUUUGGCAUACACGUCGCGGAGCUCGCGCGGUUCCCCGACUCUGUCUUGGCGAAACGCAAGGCUGAGGAGCUCGAGGACUUUGGCGAGGGUGAGGCGUCGCCCGCCGGGAAGUUCCCCAAGGGUGAAGUGGACGCCGGCACUGAAAUCGUACGCGCCUUCCUCGACGAGUGGCGGCAACGCGCGGAGGGCGGCGAUGGCGACGCCCAGCUCACAGCUCUCCGUGCGACUGUGGAUGAGUUCCGUGGCAAAUUUGAAGGGAACGCAUGGGUCAAGUAUGUGCUGGAGGCGUUGUAA